UUAGUUCCUUACGUCACGAUCCCCCGCCCAAGGGAGACAAACAAAUAGUAGGCCCCUGCCGUCACUCAAUCACAUUACGUUCAUACGAAGACUCUUCGCGUCUUCGCUAGCCCCCCUUUUCAUCCUCACCUCACAGGAUGCCUAGGGGAAACCGUAGAUUUGACCGCAUCACUACAUCUCCUAUCAAGAAGUAUCACCCAUAUACUGCAGCGGAACCCAAAAAGUUCGCGUAUAUCCUCAAUUCACACAGCUUUGGGAAUGACCCUGAAGCGUCGUCGUCCCAAAAGCCCAAACGGCCUUCACGCAAAGCCGCCCGAGCCGACCCCGCCCCUCAACCGACUCACAGCGUCUCGCUAGCUAUGCCCAGUGGACGCGUGACGACGUAUCGCUUUGGGCCCGGGAGGUCUGAGCCUGGCUUUUCAGGGACGGGGCCUGUUCAAUCUGAACCAAACGCGGCAUUCCCAAGGCUCGAUAAUAUGUCAGAAUCCCCCUUACCGCCCCUGGUUUCUCGUAAGUCUAGAGCCACUCCGUGGGAGCCAACGCCUGGGCGGCGGCUGGAAAAUUCUAAUAACGCCACCUACUCCCGCUGCCGCUCAUCAUCCCCUAACAGUAAGUCUCCAUCUUCGCCCGAUCGCCGGAACCGACCACUUCGGACGCGGUAUGACACCUCUCAUCGUGUGCCCGGAAGCCCAUCAUGGGACUAUGAGCAUGCACGAUCGGGUGAGGAUCGCUCAGGCCAUUAUCCCCGGGACCCGUGCGGCACACUGCCUAACACCCGCUCGAGUGGGUUUAGAACUACAGAUCGACCAAGCUCCCAAGGCACUUUCCGUCGUUGUUUGCCUUCUGUCGAGUCGAUUCCCGGUGGGUCGUUACCAAAACCACCUCUCUGCUCUCCAUCUUCCACCUCGCCAUCACGUCCCAGUCUUUCCGAUGAGCAGAACAGUCAGCCAACGCAUUCAGUCACUUCUUCCCAGUUCCAUUCUUACCCCACGUCGGUACCGUUGCAGCCUGCAUUCGAUCCUACUCCACGAUCAAUCAUCCCCUUACCCAAAUUUCACCGCUGCUUCACUAUCCAGCAGCUGUGCGGCACGGCGGAGGACAGUGAGCCAAGCUGGGCAAGCGAAGUCGCAAUUAUUCAAGGUGCCCCGAUCCGAGCUGUCCAGUCACUUGCUCCGACAUUGGAAGCCGAAGUGCUCGUCAAUAGGUGGAGAAAUGAGGCAUCGAGUGAGCACUGGUUCCUGUCGACGUGCAUAAUGUGUCAUCUUAUUGCCAGAUCAACCUAAACGGGCGUACCGCCAAGCGCCAAUCCGCGUGAUCGCCGUCAAUACGCAGCAGACCUGUUCAUACAAUGGCACUUAUGCUUCCUGGGUUGGCAUUAAGACGGGACCUAAACUCAGCUUGCUUAAGGUUCCAUCGCACCGUCGUGAUAACUUAGAUUUCACC